ACGUGCAACGCGGUGUUAUGUUUGUGUGCCCACCGAGGCGAAGGAGACGCGAGGAGCUGUUCACACAAAAGCUGUAGCUGCCCGGGUACAAAGACAAACUAUGGAUGAAGAGGAGCAGUUUGUGAGCAUUGAUCUGAAUGAUGAUAAUAUCUGCAGUGUUUGCAAACUGGAGACAGAAACAGGAACCUUAUCUUUCUGUCAUGUCUGCUUUGAACUCAGCAUUGAAGGUGUCUCCUCUGUGACCUUGUUGCAUUCAAAGUCCCUGCGUGGCCACAGAGACUGCUUUGAGAAAUGUCAUCUCAUUGCCAACCAGAAGCUGUCACGUUCCAAGGUCUCCCGAAGUGCCUACGAGGGCAUGAAACUGGCCUUCAGCCAGAAACUGAACCGCAUCAUCCAGUAUGCCCAGAACAAAGACUCUGUCUCCUCCAACUGCCUCAACAGACGGGGGACCAAGCUUCUUUGUUACAGCCAGCAGGGUGACCGUAAGCUGCUGCCCCAGUCAGAUGCCCAGGUGCCCCGCUACACGCCCCACUGGGACACAGGCAAUGCUACUGGGCUGCCUGAUUACGCUAUGGGGAUGUUGGAGUGCCACACAGCAGAGGAGCUUGGGCUGCUGCAGCAGUCACAGUCUGACAUUUGGUCCAGUGAUGGCAGAAGAGGCCUGCUUGGGCGGAACCAGCCUUCAGAAGGAGGACAGGCACAGCAUACAUGCCAGGGCCACAGCAGAGACGAAUUAACUAAAAUGAGUGUUGAUGACCUCCAUCAGCUGAAUGCCCAACUUCUGAUACAGAUUCAAAAGGUCUUUGAGGAGCUGACUGUGGCUGUGCAGGAGAAAGACUCAUUGGCGUCAGAGCUGCAUGUGCGACACAUUGCCAUUGAGCAGCUCUUUAAGAACUGUACCAAGUUACCCUGGCUGCAAAUUAGCAGGGCAGGGGUCAAGGCCAGCAACAACAACAACAGCAGCAGUGGCAGCAGCAAUAACAACAGUGGCCAUCUGGAGUGACAGUGUGGCUGCCUCUGCAGCUGGGGUGAUGUUGACAAACACUCGAGCAUGCUGACUGGCUGAAAAUGCCUUCAAGUAUUCAGAGUGACUGCUAUGACACUAUGUUGACUCUGAGCUAUCAGCUCUGCAUUAGAGCAACAUUAAGGACUGGGUUGACAUGGCAUCUUGUUGUGGUUGGUGUACAGUUUAAAAAAACGUUGUUGGUCCUAACCUGGGAUGCAUGUUGAUAGCAGAAGAGGCUGAGAACAUCCUGGCUCCAGCACAAGAUACGGACAUGUUUUUACAUUGUCCUUAAAUACUGACUUUAACGUAUACAAACAAAAAUGUUUGUCUAAUUCAUUUUACACUGACUUGCUUUUAUUCUCUUUUGUGUGCUGUCAUCUAGUUCAACCUUUUUUUUUUUUUUUGCUUUAUUUUUUGUAGAUACAUUUUUAAUGUUUUUCAUCUGAUCAUGUCAACCAUGCAUAUUCAAAUAUGGGUUUUAGCUCUGCGUCAUACUCAUCAAAAUGCUAUUUUAUGGUUUGCUGUUAAAGGCUGGAAGAGUUACAAUAUUCUUUAAUUAAUAAGGCACUGACAAAUCCUUGAUUCUCAUUAGAUGUCCUCUCACUUCCAAAGGUUUUGAAAGGCAGUCCUCUGAAAUUCAGGCCAUUCAGGUAGAUUCAAGAAAUAGUGGACCAUAGAAGAUGCACGUAGUUAUAUAUUAUGUAUAUUAAGAAAGAUAUACAUGUCCUUUUGAUAGUAAGAAUAUUUAAGAAAGCAUUGAAAGACUGUGUCAUAAAAUCAGUCUGUUACAGCCAAACGUUAUCAUUGCAACAGAGACUUUGAAAAAUUAAUUUUACUAGCUGAGCUGGUUCUUGAUUGUGAAUGUUAUGACUUUUGGGAGUGUCGCUGAACUAAUACAGGAAAGCAGAAAGUGGAAAUAUCAAUUGCAAUAUCUUCUGCACAGCUUAGCAAUAGGAGGUAUUAUGUUUAGAACUUUUGGGUGUGGAAUAACUAUUAUUGCUGGUGAGAUUUAUGUGUUAUUAGGCACAGAACAGCUUGUCGUCUGUCCUAAAAGAUGUGAAGCACAAGUUUGCUAUAGAGGGAGAAACACAGCUGCCAAACCAAAGUCUGUAUUGUUUCACGUGUAACUUCCAGGUUUUGGACUUGGAUGAUGUUACUGGAGGAAGAUGCAUUACCAUACAAACCAAACGUAGUAACUUUUCUCCUCUGUUUGGUUCAGUGUGUGUACCACAGACCUUUAUUCUGAAGGUGUUGAUGUGGAAACUGUUUGUUCUCCAGCAAACGUGUGCGUUUUUACAAUUUCAUUUAUUGAUUCUUUCAGUAUCUUUAUGUUCAGUGUUAACUUGUGUUGCCCUCUCCACUCUACACGAGUGUCUAAACUGAUACCACAGCAAUACAAACCGUACAGUUUGGUCUACUGUGUCUCUGUAAGUCCCUGAUUACUGAACAGAGGGAGACAAAGGAGAAUGUGGGGGUGGUUUUAACAGUUUGUAGUUGUGGUUACUCUAUACUGUAAUUCAGGAAUCCUAUGCAAGAAAGAGACAAAUCAGAAGCCUUAUUAAGUAGAAGACAUGUAUAAAGAGUAUUGGGUAGAGUUUUCCUCAGUGGAGGUCAGAACUAUGUGCAUUAAAGGUGUGGAAAGACAUGGUGAUAAUCAGAUUGAUAUUUAGAAACACUCAGCAUGGUCGGGUGUAUCUCUUUUCUUUCUCUUUGUAAGAGAUUAAAUGUAUUUGACCCAUUUGGGGUUGAAAGUUAAAAGAUUUUGCUCCAUUUAACUUUUGUCUUGGUUUUAUUUAGAAAAUGGUUCUUUGGUGUUUGAGAGUAAUCAGAGUAGUGGUCCUUGAUGCAGGUUUCUAGUUUCUCUUCAGUCUUUUUUUGUAGUUGUGCUUCAAAUAUGAAUGCUGUGUGUGUGAUUAUACUGUGGAAACAAGCCUGGACCUGUGAUUCUAUUCGGGCUGUUCUGUUUUUGGUUGUCUAUUUUCCUCUUAUGUUUUACUGGAAAUGUCAACAGACCUGUUACACUUCAACAUCCAUCAUUUUGGACUCACUUGACUUUUUGUUGUCUAAUGUUGACCAACAAGUAUGCUUUUGUGUUGUGUGAUGUUUUAUAUUCUAUUUAUUGUGUUUGUCCAUGGACAUUACACAGCCUGUGUAGUUUGUGCUUCAGCGACUUUGUAUUUCUUUUGUAAAAUAUAAUAAAAUGAAAUUAUUUUUA